GGCCCGCCCACUCAAAUAUUCAGAGCAAUGUUGCUACAGUAGCAGCCUAUGCCCCUGAUACCUGAUGCUGCAGUGUUACGGAUCACCGUGUCUAUUAUCUUGAUAGAAAAACAAGUCAGUGGCUGAUAUCAGUUGACUCGAUGAGCGUAAUAUUUUGGUUAUAGUAGGCUGUAUCUUGAAACGUGCACACUGUCAUUCAAAGUGCGAAGAGCAAUGGUCGGGAUCACGGGCGCUUUGCAAUACAGUGGUGAGAAGAAGACCCCUGCCAUGCCCGGCUCUCCUGUGGAUGUCAAGACUCAUUCCAGACCAGUCCCCAGACCAGUCCCCAGACCAGUCCCCGGCAGCAGCAGCGCCACCAUGCCGCCCCUGCCCUCCGUGAACCCCAGCGGACCCCGGCCAGCCUCCUUCUCCUCCACCACUCUGACCAAUGGAAUCCACCACUCCCCGCCCACCCUAAAUGCUGUGCCCUCGCCGCCCCAGCGCUACAGCAAUGGGCCUAGCUCCUCAUCUUCCUCCUCGCUGGCCAAUCAGCAGCUCCCGGCCACAUGUGGCGCCCGACAGCUCAGCAAGCUCAAACGCUUCCUGACGACGCUGCAGCAGUUCGGCAACGACAUCUCGCCCGAGAUCGGAGAGAGUGUCCGCAACCUGGUGCUGGCCCUCGUGAAUUCAACAGUCACCAUCGAGGAGUUCCACUCAAGGCUCCAGGAGGCCACCAACUUUCCCCUGAGGCCCUUCGUCAUUCCCUUCCUCAAGGCCAACCUGCCCCUGCUGCAGAGGGAGUUGCUCCACUGUGCGCGUGCGGCCAAGCAGACCCCAGCCCAGUACCUAUCCCAACACGAGCACCUCCUACUCAGCACUACUCUGGCCUCGCCCCCCGACUCCUCGGAACUGCUACUGGAGCCCAGCGAGAGAGAGAGAAACCCGACAGUUAAGAGACACAGUCCUAACAGGGGAAAAGAGAACGGCUUCCACGAGCGCCCCCCCCCCCUGGAGCCCCCAGCUAAGCGCAUCUGCACCAUCAGCCCGGCGCCCCGCCAUAGCCCGGCCAACCCCCUGCCCCUCAGCGCUCAGCUGCACCCCACGCCGCCCCCUCUGCAGCACUACGCCCUUGAGGACAUCAGCGCCCCCCAUCUGCUGCACCGGGAGAGCAGCCACCGGAUACUGGAGCUCCGCGAGCUCAAGGACAGGCCUAGACUACCUGGCACUAACGGGGGCUACCGCGAGGAGCCCGUGGACCACAGGCUGACAGACAGAGAGUGGGCCGAUGAGUGGAGGCAUCUGGAUCAUGUGUUGAACUGCAUUGUGGAGAUGGUGGAGAAGACGCGUCGGUCGGUGGCUGUGCUGCGGCGCUGUCAGGAGUCGGACCGCGAGGAGCUCAACUACUGGCGGCGGCGCUCCAGCGAGCAGGAAGACCCCCGCAAGGGAGGGGCCGCCACCGUGCCCACCCCCUUCUCCAAGAACCACAGCCCCCACACAGCAGCCAUUCCCGCCCCCUUCUCCAAGACCCACAGCCCCCACACAGCAGCCAUUCCCGCCCCCUUCUCCAAGACCCACAGCCCCCACACAACCGAGGGACUCAGCAGUGAAUCCCAGAGAGACUUUGCGCCGCGACCAGGCUCAGGCUAUGUGCCUGAUGAGAUCUGGAGAAAAGCUGAGGAGGCGGUGAACGAGGUGAAGCGUCAGGCCAUGGACGAGGUCCAGAAAGCAGUGGCCGAGGCAGAGCACAAGGCCUUUGAGAUGAUCACGUCCGAGCGGGCCAAGAUGGAGAAGACACUGUCCGAGGCCAAGAGGAAGGCCACGGAGGACGCCAUCCAGGUCAUCAAUGAGCAGGAGGACUCAAGCGAGUGUUGCUGGAACUGUGGUCGCAAGGCCAGCGAGACGUGCAGCGGCUGCAAUGCGGCGCGCUACUGCGGCUCCUUCUGCCAGCACAAGGACUGGGAGCGCCACCACCUCAUCUGCAGCCCCGGCCUGCAGACCCAGCCCAAGCCCGUGUCCGCCAUCACAGCUGCCAGGGCCGCUGUUACCGCAGGAGCCAAGGCCCCCGAGAGCGUCCCAACCACUGCCAGCCCCGGGGGGGAGAAGGGGUCGGUCGCCUCUCCUUCCUCCACCCCAUCCACUCCCACAUUAAUGCUAGAGACCAACGGGCACUAAAAGCCAGGACUAGGAUCAGUGAUACUGGUCCUCAAGAUGGCCUCCCUUCCCAUUUUCCUUCCAUUCUGUUGUUCCUGACUGUUCAAAUGGACACCAGGACCUUAUGCCCCAAAAUGGCUUCCUUUCUUUGUUUCCCUUUCCUCUUGAACUGCUGAUGGUGCAAGGUGCUGGUUUCCAUUGUUCCAUCAUUUGGCUGUCACCCGUUGGGUAUCUUUAGGUUAGCGUUUGUCUCUUCAGGUUCUAAAGGUAUCUUGAGGUUAGCGUUUGUAUCUUCAGGUUCUAAAGGUAUCUAGGUUAGCAAUUGGCUAUUUAGGUUCUAAAGGUAUCUUUAGGUUACCGUUUGUCUCUUCAGGUUCUAAAGGUAUCUAGGUUAGCAGUUGGCUAUUUAGGUUCUAAAGGUAUCUUGAGGUUAGCGUUUGUCUCUUCAGGUUCUAAAGGUAUCUAGGUUAGCAGUUGGCUAUUUAGGUUCUAAAGGUAUCUUUAAGUUAGCGGUUGCGAGGGAGAGGAGACAAGGGAAGAAAGCUGUUUUUAAGACAUAACCCUCAGCUCUGGACACCAACCUUAAUUUAGCCAAGGAAGUGACAUCAUGGACAGGAAGUGAUGUCACAGACAUUGAGUGAGCAGAGGAGGAAAUGAGGUCACUGAUGUCACCAGUCAUGUUACACAGAAAGAGGACAGAUUGCUUUGGUGAUGGUGGGCAGAAGACAGACUCAUCUGCUUUGGGACUUGGAGGAUCCAUCUUCAACAGUUGGAAAAACAGAUAAUCUACCUGACAGAUGGACACUUGUUUCGCUUCAUCCAAAAUCUCAAUCCCCAGUAGAGUUGAGACAACUGAGGACGGACUUCAAUCCCCAGAUUUUUUUUAAGGGGACAGUGGGGGGGGUUAUGAGUUUUGGAAUGGUCUUUUAUACCCACGAGGGUGAGUGAUGAUCGAAGUACUCACUGCAUAUUUCCUAGUUUUAUAAAGC